UAGGGACAACUGAAGAGAUGUGUCCACUCAAUAGUGCUCUUAAGGACUGUUUUUCAAAACACGAGUGAACCCUCUUGACAUUAUCAGUGCGCUUUUUAUCCAGUUUUGUUACCGAAGACUUCUUCUUUCGUGGAAAUACAUUUAAUCAGGAGCACUCGUCAAGCAGAGAGGAAUCCAAAUGCAGAAAUAAGAGAUGCUAUUCUGUGUCGCCCACACCAUGCAGCCUGACGGUUUCGGCGAAUACGAUUGGUUAACUGCGUUUCACCUCAGAGAAAUACUUUACUUUCACAUUGGGGGAAGAUUCGACAAGAAAUAGGGUACAGUGGUGCCCAUCACAGGAGAGGACCACACGAAAGCAGCGGCAGGCGGAAACAAUGGUGACGAAUCUGCGAACCCAUGUGAUGAAUUAACGAAUGCUGGGCCACACUAAAUGUGUGGGCAUAGCGGUUGGAUAUCUAGUGAGGGACUAGUCUCGGAUGGAAGAAGAAAGAAAACGACUGUCAGCUUCAGGCGCUGCGCAGAAAAUGAGUAAGCCUACCGAAAUGGGGGGGGGGGGGGGGAAAUAACCGUAAAACGCACGAAUGACCAAAAGGCGUUUUAGGUAAAGUAGCUUCACAUUUGCGCGUUGCUGACGAGAUGGUAGCUCAACCUGUUAUGGAGAAUUUGACAGUAAGGUCUCACGGGAUGCUGUGAGAGGUGUCUUUUCUUGGUUUUAUUAAAGAUAAAUAGCCUAUGCUGAUGUCAGCUACUACCGCAUCGAAAGUGUCACCCAACUGAUAUACUUUAAAUUGGGCAACUUGUAGCGCUACGUUAUAUUAACUUGUAGAUUUCGAGAAACAUUAAGUAGGUGGUAUAUUUUGGCAAGUUGUCACAUUAUUAUGGAUUUGGCUUAAUCUGCUUAAUGUAGGCGACCUAACAUUAAAGAACUGCGUGUGCUCCGUGUUAUGAUAUAUCGCGUGUUUCACGGCGAACCGCAGGCUGUAAAUAUGUUUGCAUUCCUGUGAUCAGUCUGCCAAACUGAGGUGAAAUGCAAAGCGAUAUCGCCAGGAAGCGCUCCUAUCAUGCACGUAACAAGAACGGAUGUUCCGUGGUAUGUACUGUGAACUACUUCUGCGGAUCCCAGACGCUAACCAUGUCCAGGCUGCGCAAAAAAGCCUGUGUGGCUCUCUUCUUGUUCACGCUGUUCAUUUUUGGCACUAUGAUGGGCUUGAGAACCCUCAAACCCAGCGACGGCUUCUCGGACCUAGCACCCGGAAUGGACCUGGUGCCGUUCGUGGGCGAGAGGGCGGAGAGGCGACAAGUUGCAAACGAUGUCCUGGCGUCUGCGGGUCAGAGUCGUUUCCCCAGCGACACCAAAGUAGUCUUCUCGAACUCUGGACCCGAGAAAAGUAUUUUUUAUGACAUUCACAUAUUUUAUUACUUGUGGUACGGCACGCCGCAGAUGGACGGAAACUACAUCCACUGGGACCACGUACUUGUGCCUCACUGGGACCCCAAAAUCGCUGCCAGUCACCCCAAAGGGAAGCAUACUCCUCCGGAGGACAUUGCCUCGAGUUUCUAUCCCGAACUGGGACCCUACAGCUCCAGGGAUCCUGAGGUUAUUGAGUCCCACAUGUCGCAGAUUGAAGCAGCCGCUGCAGGGGUGGUGGUGCUGUCCUGGUACCCACCCGGCGUGGGCGACGACCACGGCGAGCCCUCCGAGGACCUGGUGCCUGCAGUCAUGGACGCCGCCCAUCGGCACCGUAUCAAGGUGGCGUUCCACAUCCAGCCGUACAAGGGACGGACAGACCUCAGCAUGCAUGACAACAUUAAAUACAUCAUUGACAAGUAUGGUAAUCAUGGAGCCUUCUACAGAUUCAAGUCCAACACAGGCAAAGUUCUGCCUCUCUUCUACAUCUAUGACUCGUACCUGACCCCUCCAGAGGCCUGGGCUGACCUUUUGACCUCCAGUGGGGCCCACAGCCUGCGGGGCACCCCUUAUGACGGGGUCUUCGUCGCCCUCAUCGUGGAGGAGCGCCACAAGCAUGACAUCCUGGCAGGGGGCUUCGACGGCAUGUACACCUACUUCGCCUCCAACGGCUUCUCCUUCGGCUCCUCGCACCAGAACUGGAAAGCCAUAAAGGCCUUCUGCGAUGGCAACAACCUGCUGUUCGUGCCCAGUGCCGGGCCGGGCUACGCGGACACUGCGGUGCGGCCGUGGAACAACCACAACACCCGGAACCGGGUCAACGGGCGCUACUACGAGACGUCCCUGCAGGCUGCCCUGUCGGUGAGGCCGGAGGUCAUCACCAUCACGUCCUUCAACGAGUGGCACGAGGGCACGCAGAUUGAGAGAUCGGUGCCCAAAAAGACGGUCACGCGGCUUUAUCUGGACUACAAGCCCCAUAAUGCCGAUCUCUACCUGGACAUCACCAGGAGGUGGGCAGAACAGUUUAGCAAAGAGAAGGAGCAGUGGCUCAUGUGAUUGUUGUGCCCGUGCCGUUUGGUGAAGUGCAUUGUGGGUGUCUGUGCAGAGUGCUGUACAUGGCGUGUGUAUCUUGUGGCGUUCCUCUAAGAUCGACUGAACAGUGAUUUGCGAAACUGUGUCACCUUAUCUUGCCGUGAUGGACUUUAUUUACCAUCUAUUUUAACUAGGCAGCUCUUCAACCAAGGACAGUUACAUGUCUAAUGCACUUCUGUACUCUGCUGUAGACAGCCAGUCGCUAAAAUGAGCUAGAAUAAGGGUUGCCUCUCUCUGAGUCUGUCUGGGUUGUUGCAUAAUGCUAAUAGCUUUCUGUUCAGAACGCACAGAGUCACAAACACCAUUUUAUAAUACUACACAACAAACUGCAUCACCUACACUCGGCCUCCACACAGUAAUCAGUGUUAUCUAUGGCCUGCGUUUAGCCGGAGUAUCAUCAUUACGUGUCAUAUCUCUGGUGUGGAGAAGAGUUCUUUUGUUCACUGGAUGAACAGAUACACAAUGAUGGAAUUUAAUACAUUCUGUUGUUUUAAGUCCUGGAACAUUUUUUUCUUGACAUUUUACUGUAAUUAUAUGUUUUACAAUUUGUAGUAAGGUAUUCAUUAACAAAAUAAAUCAUGUGUGAAGUCAAAAUUAAAAUGCCCUGCAAUAGUUGAAAUUAAGCAAAAACAUACCACCAUUAUUUUCCCCCAAAUACUUGAAUAUCCAUUUGCCUGUAUAAUGCAUGUUUUAUCUCAUAAUCUAAACACAUGAGUGAUGUUAGUCAGGAUGUUGACAGGACCCUGAGCAACUAAUUUCCUUUUUCCCCUGUGGUGCAGUCUGUUGGAUGAUGGAGAUCAGGUCAUGUAUUCAUCCAGCGAGAGUUAUUAAUCACAAUCUGGUAGGUUGGCAUUUGGCUGCAGUGGCGCCUACACGUGGAGUGACUGAUUGCCAGUGCUGUCACAGCAGUUUGGGAACGGGCAGCUUCUGUCUGUGCACACGCACACACACACACAC